GAGAUGGAGUGGCAAAUGAAGGAAAGAAACCAGUUGCUACAGGAAAAGGAGGCACUGGAAAAAGAACUGGAGCAGAUAGAGAAACGUUCAAUAGCUCAAGAAAGUCUGCACAAGGUGAACACCAGCUAUCCUGAGAGGAGCGUUGUGUUUAAAGGCCACGUGGAAGAAGCGGAGAAGGAACAAACACUGCCUGAUCCUGUGGUAGCCCAGGCACAGGUCCGAUGCCCCAUUCCCGGAGGAUCAGCUCUCAUUACUUUUGAGGAUCCUGAAGUUGCCCGUAGGAUCAUUGAAAUGGGGCAGCAUCGGGUUCAGCUAGACGACUGGACUUAUGUCAACGUGAAAGCCGAGCCCAUGACUUUGCUCUUGCUCGCAUCUGUAGAAAUCUCUGUGGCACGAAGUCCCCGGCGUCUGUUGUCUGGAUUGCCCAUCCUUUCAGUCUCAGAGGACAAGCUGCUUGACAAACUAGAACUGUUUUUCAGCAAACGGCAGAACAAGGGGGGUGAAGUGGACCGUGUGGAAAGACUGAGUGGCUCUGGCCAUGUGGCACUUACUUUUGUGGAGGAUGGAGUGGUUGAAAGGCUUGUCCAGAAAGGUCAUUUCCAGGUCCCCAUUGGAAAGGAAAAGCACGAGAUCAAGGUUUCACACUACGUAAGCGGAGAAAUCACAGAUUUUCAGUUCCGCCCUUCUGUCUGUGCCCAGACCGUCCUGCUGUCGGGAAUUCCAGACAUCUUGGGUGAGGAGUUGAUGCGUGAAGCCCUGGAGAUUCACUUCCAGAAGCCCAGCAAAGGCGGAGGAGAGGUGGAAACUGUUGUUUACGUCCCAGCAGGAGUCUCUGCGGCAGCCGUCUUUGAGGAGGCAAAGACUUAAGUGGAUCUGAUUUCCCAACCCAGCCAAACCAAUAAAUAAAUAAGACUGGUUGGGAAAUCACAAGUGUUUGCUAAAAUCUAUGGGAGAAGAAGCAUUGAGAAAAUUGUGGACACUGCAAUUCUGGGAAUUGGGAGGCUGACGUUUUGAUAGCUGAUAGUGAUGACAAAUGUAUGGUAGCAAAACCUGUGCAAAUAUCAAAGUGGACAAAAAAAUGGAAAUGGCUGGAUUUUGACCCGAUCUCAGAGGGUGUGAAGAAGCCAAGGGAAGGGUUUUGAAAGAUCUCUGUUUCUUCUACCUCAAGUGAUAAAGAAGCACUGUGGCAUAACUCCCCUUCUCUUGAAAUCUGAGCGAUCUCAUAUUAGUUUGAAGUGUAUGUUUUCCCCCUACUCUAUUGCUUAGCAUUUGCAUGAUUCCGAUUGCUCAUUGUUUGCUUUUUGCACAGAAAGAUGAGAAGGCCAAGAAGGAUUAAAGCCAUGCUAUUUGCUGAUAUGUAA